CGCCCCGCCCGCGCGCCAGGAGCUCCAGUCUAAGAGGCGAGAGCCGGUGAUGCCCCCUGCGCGCUCGGCUUGCUGGGCGCCCGGUUCCUACCUGUAGAGUCCCGGGGCGGUGGUGGGGCUGUCCCCGAACACCUGUUCUUCUUCGGAAACCUUCCGCCCAGCUACCCGUGUUUCGGACAGGCGGCGCUGGGACCCGGGACGGGCGCCAAGCUCGCAGCUGGUGACAUGUAGACGGCCUCCUCACCCCAAGUCCAGCCUCAGGACCUGGGCGCCCUCCUGCCCGGAAAGUUUAGGGCUGGUAGCCAUGGCCAAGAGCAGCUCCCUGAAUGUCCGUGUGGUGGAGGGCCGGGCUCUGCCCGCCAAGGACGUGUCUGGAAGCAGUGACCCCUACUGCAUAGUGAAGGUGGAUGAUGAGGUGGUGGCCAGGACAGCAACCAUCUGGCGGAGCCUGAGCCCUUUCUGGGGGGAGGAGUAUACUGUACACCUGCCCCUGGAUUUCCACCAUCUGGCCUUCUAUGUUCUGGACGAGGAUACAGUAGGGCAUGAUGACAUCAUUGGCAAGAUCUCGUUGAGCAGGGAGGCAAUUGCAGCUGACCCCAGAGGAAUUGAUAGCUGGAUCAAUCUGAACCGUGUGGACCCAGAUGCAGAGGUGCAGGGUGAGAUCUGCCUGGCUGUGCAGAUGCUGAAGGAAGUGCGGGGCCGUUGUCUUCGCUGUCAUGUGCUCCAGGCCAGCAGAGACCUGGCUCCCCGCGAUAUCUCCGGCACAUCCGACCCAUUCGCACGUGUGUUUUGGGGUAGCCAGAGCUUGGAGACGUCGACCAUCAAGAAGACCCGAUUCCCACACUGGGAUGAGGUGCUGGAGCUGUGGGAGCUGCCAGGUGGCCCAUCCCCACUGCGGGUGGAGCUCUGGGACUGGGACCUGGUGGGCAAGAACGACUUCCUGGGCAUGGUGGAGUUCCCCCCACAGGUCCUGCAGCAGGACCCGCCCAACGGCUGGUUCCGCCUCCUACCCUUUCCCAGAGCUGAGGAGGAUUCUGGGGGGAACCUGGGUGCUCUGCGGCUGACUGUGCGCCUCACUGAGGACCGUGUCCUGCCCUCCCAGUACUACCAGCCACUCAUGAAGCUGCUCAUGGAGUCUGUGCUGGGGCCGGCCAAGGAGGAUGCUGCUAGCCCCCUGGCUGUGCUGGAGGAGCUGACCUUAGGGGACUGCCGCCAGGACCUGGCCACCAAGCUGGUGAAACUCUUCCUUGGCAAGGGCCGGGCUGGUCCCCUUCUGGACUACCUCACCCAACGUGAGGUGACCCGGACCACCAACCCCAAUACCCUGUUCCGUUCUAACUCCUUGGCAUCCAAGUCGAUGGAACAGUUUAUGAAGCUCGUGGGCAUGCCCUACCUGCAUGAGGUGCUGAAGCCCGUGAUUAAUCGCGUCUUCGAGGAAAAGAAGUACAUAGAGUUGGACCCAUGCAAGAUGGACUUGGGCCGCACCAGGAGGAUCUCCUUCAAGGGUACACCUUCAGAGGACAACUUGCGGGAGGCCAGCCUGGGGCUGCUGACCGGCUACCUCGGGCCCAUCGUGGAUGCCAUUGUGGGCUCCGUGGGGCGCUGCCCACCCACCAUGCGUCUUGCCUUCAAGCAGCUGCACCAGUGCGUGGAGGAGCACUUUCCCCAGGCAGAGCACAAGCAGGAUGUGAAGUACCUGGCCAUAAGUGGCUUUCUUUUCCUGCGAUUCUUUGCACCUGCCAUCCUCACCCCGAAGCUGUUUGAUCUCCGAGACCAGCAUGCAGAUCCCCAGACCAGCCGCUCACUGCUGUUGCUUGCCAAGGCUGUGCAGAGCAUUGGAAAUCUGGGCCAGCAGCUGGGCCAGGGCAAGGAACUGUGGAUGGCUCCCCUACAUCCCUUCCUGCUGCAGAGUAUCUCGCGUGUGAGAGACUUCCUAGACCAGCUGGUGGAUGUGAAUGGGGAAGAGGAGGCUGGCGGCCCAGGCAGGACCGUGGUCCCACCCUCGGUGACCGUUCGAGAAGGCUACCUCCUGAAGCGCAAGGAGGAGCCCGCCAGCCUGGCCACGCGCUUUGCCUUCAAGAAGCGUUACUUCUGGCUCAGUGGGGAGACUCUCUCCUACUCCAAGAGUCCUGAGUGGCAGACGUGCUCCUCCAUUCCGGUGUCGCACAUCCGCGCGGUGGAGCGCGUGGACGAGGGAGCCUUCCAGCUACCGCACGUGAUGCAGGUGGUGUCGCAGGAGGGCGCAGGGGCGCUGCACACCACCUACCUCCAGUGUAAGAAUGUGAACGAUCUCAACCAAUGGUUGUCGGCCCUGCGCAAGGCCAGCGCCCCCAACCCGGACAAGCUGGCCGCCUGCCACUCCGGUGCCUUUCGGAGCUCGCGCUGGACCUGCUGCCUCCAGGCUGAGCGCUCAGCUGCCGGAUGCAGCCGCACACACUCAGCUGUGACCCUGGGGGACUGGAGUGACCCGCUGGACCCCGAUGCUGAGACCCAGAUGGUGUACCGGCAGCUGCUCCUGGGGAGGAACCAGCUCAGGAUGAAAUUCCUGGAGGAUUCCAAUACAGAUACAAGUCUGGCAGCGGAUACAGGGAAGGGCCCCAGUACCACAAAAGAAUAAUCAACAGGGAACUCCGUUCCGACUCCACAGCUUGGCCUAGUGAGAGCACUUGGAUUCUAACAGCUCCCUUUCGUUGGCCACCGUGCUGAAAACCCAACUAUUGGUGAGUCAGCCAUUCUAGCAUCUCUCAAAGUUAGCUACGUGGAGCACUAGUCCCCAUAAGAUGAUCUGGGAACGAAAGAUUGAGGGAUCAAAUAAGUUAUGAAACACUUCACUCUCUUUCUUGGAAAUUCACAACAUAGAUGAAGAUAUUAAAGGCUCUGAUAAGUCCUGCAUUAGGAAGUAUAAUCAGCAAUGGUAAAUCCAGGUUUUCCAAAGACAUUUUAUGGUUAAACAUUUUUUCCCUUCUAGAAUAUUACUGAUGUCAGUUCCUGUGACUAGGCAUGGUUCCCUCUUCAAAUGAGGUCCUAGGAAAAUGCAGCCUGCUUCACCUCUUUGCCCUUCCCCCCAAAGAGCUCUGGCUUUUGGAAUCAGCCAGAGCUUCUUUCAUAUCUCUGCCCAACCACUAACCAGCUGAGUGACACACAGCAGUUCAUCACACCUCUUGUAAGCCUGUUUCCCCAUUUGUAAAAUGGAGAUAAUACAGCACCUUCCUGGGACUAGCAGUUACCAAAGGG